UGGCCGCACACCGCCGUUUACACAUCCCAUGAAUCCCAAUUAUUUUUAAUCUCGAUGUGUUACAAUCGUCGCGGAUAACGCAUGUAUCUACAGAACACAAGAAGAAACGAAUAUUUUCCAGUUUUGCAAACAAAACAAUUAAAACACCUGCCCAUGCAGGAGUGCCUUACAUGCCAUUCCGGUUGGUACAAAGUAGAUAUGACGUCUUAUUAUCCCUUACAUAUAAUGAAUAAUCAUAGAGUAACCUAUAUGUAGAUUUAAUAAAAGAAAGCCAGUAGAUCUGUUUAUUUCAUUUCAUUCCUAACAAAAGCUUCGUUUACUCGACUUCACUGUGUGAGGUAAAGUGUCAAAUUAUUGCCUCGUUUUCCGCGUCACUGUGCGGUAGAACAGAUCCUGUCUCAUUUCUUAAUUUGCCAAAGAAAGCAGCUUAGUUCGAUUAUUUACGCUCUUGUAUUUACGGCAUUCGGCAACUUUUGAAAUUCCUCCCCUUUCGAAGGUUAAGCCGUAGUGCUAGCAACCUUCACAAAUCGAAUUGUCGUCCAGUUUCUCCGUAAUUUGUAGCCAAUUCUUGCGAGCUUAUCGCUUGUUGUUCUACCCACCUAUUAGCCACACACAAGCAUCAGUAUGUCAGAGGUGACCGGCAGCCCGUGCGACCCUGAGACCGCCGGACGCGACAGCGGAGAGGUGAACGAAGUCCUACGGGGGGAGGACUCACCCGUCGCCGAAGAGAUGCCCGAAGAGUGCGGUGAGGGCAGCACGGAGAAUACUCCCGAGGACGCGCUGGCAAAUUUUCGUCAUAGAUUCUCCAUCCGAAGUCUUCUCGGGAUAGAAGCUCAGUCGUCAGCUGACAUGAUGAGAGACGGGACCAGGAACCAACAGGAAGACAUGAGGAAGGAAACAGGAAAAGAGAUGAGCGAAGACGAUAAGAAAUCAACCAAACCUGCGACGGGCGAGAAGCCGAAAAGGAACCGGACUUCUUUCUCGACCAGACAGCUGCAAGAGUUAGAGAGAGCCUUCCGUCAGACGCACUACCCUGAUAUAUUCAUGCGAGAGGAGCUGGCCAUGAGGGUGAACCUGCCGGAGUCACGUGUGCAGGUCUGGUUCCAGAACCGCCGAGCAAAAUGGCGGAAGCGGGAGAAGCACCUGCACGACAUGGGAGACGUGGAAUUUCCCGACGGUACCCGGGAACGUCUCCACUACGGACCCUUUUCACGGUUCGACCCCCUCGGGCAUUUACCACCCUACCCCCUGCUAGGUCUGUACCCACACCUCUUCCCGGCCCAGGGCAACCCUCUGCUCCUCAACAUACCCAAAGCAGUGGGCUACGGAGCACCAUUCAUGGCCUUCCCAAAAAAACCUGCCGAGAACGUUACUUGCCAGGCGCAGGAAACAUCACCGGCUGAGUCAGAAAAGGAAGAAAAAGAGGACUGAAUGUGCUAAAAAGAUAUACUACAUUGUAUUAGGCUAGCGCCUGAGGCGUCGCCAAAAACAAUGAAAUUUCUUUAUGUGUAUAUUGUGCUAGAUUUCCACAUAUUUGUGAUAUCCACUGCUAGAUUUUAUUUAUUUUCUAUUGGCUAUUAAUUAUUUGUCUUCGAGCAAUUUGGCAUCCGACAUCAGUUCUUUACAUGCUUUAAAAUUAAGUGCAACGUGAGAUAUUUUCUCCGUGUCCUUGGACCGGAGUUCGAAAACAGCUGCAGUCACUUGAUGUAUACUAUAGCUCCUCUAGUCUGUUUGAUAAACCAUUGGCAGUACAACGUUAAACGUUCAUCAUAAAGAAUUGAAUGCUAACGUUUGCUACUGACUUUAGACACUUUUGUAUUUAUAAUUAGGAGGAGAGUAGAUCUAGGUUUACCAAAUUGUGUAGACAAUGUUCCAUCGUUCGUAAGUUCGUCAGGGAAGAGAGAACAUUGCUAUCUCUAACCUUAAGAAUUCACGAGUGCUUAGUUCUGAUGUCGUGUUGUCAAUUAUUGCCUCUUGUACGAUAUUCCACUUAGACGUCGUGUAUAUUACUAUGUCUAAAACAUCCACUCCCACCUUUUUUCACACCUGUAGAGAAUGGCAUGGAGUGUUGGCUGCAUCGUACAAAUUUGCGACAAAAAUCAUCAGUCAAUACUGUGUUUGGCGUCUAGCUGACAUUAUUAUGACUCUUGAGUAACAAACACGAACGUGUACAUUCCUUUAUUAAGAAGUGAAUAAAUGUCUGGUGUGACAAA